AUGGCUCCUCACAACAACAACAACAACAACAACAACAACAACAUCAAAAUUCAUGAGCACAGCUAUGUUGCUCCUCCAUCAUCUGCAACCGAAACAUCUAUUCCUCUCACUGUCUUUGACAUGUCAUGGCUCAGGUACCAUCCACUUGAGUGUGUCUUCUUCUACUCCCUUAACGAUUCACACUCGUCAGACCCAUCUUUUUUCUUUGACAAAGUAGUUCCAAGACUCAAAACCUCACUCUCUCUCACCCUCCAACACUUCCUCCCUCUAGCUGGCAACAUCGUUUGGCCUUCUGAUUCGGAAAAACCCAUCAUCAAAUACACCCCCGGUGAAGGUGUUUCAAUGGUCAUUGCAGAGUCUGAUGCUGACUUCAACCAUAUCAUGGAUAAUUCACCCCAUGAAGUGGUAAAGUCUCGUUCUUUAGUACCCCACUUGGAAUCAUCAGAUUCUCUUGCUUCUGUUAUCUCUCUACAGAUAACUUUGUUUCCAAACAGUGGAUUUAGCAUCGGUAUCAGCACCCACCAUGCUGUUCUUGAUGGGAAAUCUACAACUAUGUUCAUCAAGGCAUGGGCUUCUCUAUGUCAAAGCUGUGAAGAAUCACCAUCUCUGGUGCCAGAGUUAGUGCCCUUCUAUAACAGGGAAGUCAUCAAAGAUCCAAGUGAACUUAGCAUCACGUCCACAAAUAAAGCUAUUCAAGGAGUUGAAAAGGACAAAGAUAAAUUCGCUUUUUCAUUCGGGGUGGAUUGCAGGGCAAGAUUAGAGCCUCCAAUCCCUGAGAACUAUUUUGGUAACUGUGUGUGGGGUCAUUUCAUUGAUACACAGCCAAAGGAUUAUACAAAGGAAGAUGGGGUCAUCAUUGUUGCUAAGUGCAUUCAUAAUAAAAUAAAAAGCUUUGAUAAGGGGGUUUUUAGAGGAACUGGGGGUGUGUUUUCUAGAGUGAAGGCUUUGCAAAGUGAGGGAGCUGAAUUGAUGGGACUAACAGGGUCAAAUCGAUUUGGUGAUUAUCGUACUGAUUUUGGUUGGGGAAGGCCUGCAAAGGUGGAGAUAAUAUCAGUGGAUAGAGGUUUAAUCUUUGGCUUGGUAGAGAGUAAGGAUGGGAAAGGUGGGGUUGAAGUUGGGCUUGUUCUGAAUAAAAAUGUUAUGGAACACUUCACUAAGCAUUUUCUUCUAACACCACUUCCUCUGUUUCCCAUGGCUCCUCACAAGAACAACAACAACAUCAAAAUUCAUAAGCACAUCUAUGUUGGUCCUCCAUCAUCUGCAACCGAAACAUCUAUUCCUCUCACUGUCUUUGACAUGUUAUGGCUCAGGUUCCAUCCACUUGAGUGUGUCUUCUUCUACUCCCUUAACGAUUCACACUCAUCAGACCCAUCUUUUUUCAUUAACAAAAUGGUUCCAAGACUCAAAACCUCACUCUCUCUCACCCUCCAACACUUCCUCCCUCUAGCUGGCAACAUCGUUUGGCCUUCUGAUUCGGAAAAACCCAUUGUCAAAUACACCCCCGGUGAUGGUGUUUCAAUGGUCAUUGCAGAGUCUGAUGCUGACUUCAACCAUAUCAUGGAUAAUUCACCCCAGGAAGUGGUAAAGUCUCGUUCUUUAGUACCCCACUUGGAAUCAUCAGAUUCUCUUGCUUCUGUUAUCUCUCUACAGAUAACUCUGUUUCCAAACAGUGGAUUUAGCAUCGGUAUCAGCACCCACCAUGCUGUUCUUGAUGGGAAAUCUUCAACUAUGUUCAUCAAGGCAUGGGCUUCUCUAUGUCAAAACUGUGAAGGAUCACCAUCUCUGGUGCCAGAGUUAGUGCCCUUCUUUAACAGGGAAGUCAUCAAGGAUCCAAGUGAACUUAGCAUCAUGUUCACAAAAAAUUGGAGAGAAUCUGUGUCCAAAAUAUUCCCUGAAGAAAACAGUGAUGGGCGAUGCGUGAAGAUUCUACCAUUCCAACCAAAACUGGAGGACACAGUUCGAGCAACGUUCGAGCUCACACAAGGAGAUUUGGAGAAGAUAAAGGCAAUGGUAUUAUCCAAGUGGGACACGGUGGAAGAAGGAGCACAAUUAUCAAAGCCACAUACUUUAUCAUCCUUUGUUCUCACAUGUGCUUAUGUUUCUGUCUGCAUUGCUAAAGCUAUUCAAGGAGUUGAAAAGGACAAAGAUAAAUUCGCUUUUGCAUUCCCGGUGGAUUGCAGGGCAAGAUUAGAGCCUCCAAUUCCUGAGAACUAUUUUGGUAACUGUGUGUGGGGUCAUUUCAUUGAUACACAUCCAAGGGAUUAUACAAAGGAAGAUGGGGUCGUCAUUGUUGCUAAGUGCAUUCAUAAUAAAAUAAAAAGCUUUAAUAAGGGAGUUUUUGGAGGAACCGGGGGUGGGUUUUCUAGAGUGAAAGCUUUGCAAAGUGAGGGAGCUGAAAUAAUGGGACUAGCAGGGUCAAAUCAAUUUGGUGUUUAUCGCACUGAUUUUGGUUGGGGAAGGCCUGCAAAGGUGGAGAUAAUAUCAACGGAUACAGGAGGUUUAAGCUUUGGCUUGGCAGAGAGUAAGGAUGGGAAAUGUGGGGUUGAAGUUGGGCUUGUUCUCAAUAAAAAUGUUAUGGAACUCUUCAAUACUUUAUUUCAUGGAGGACUACGCGUUGAUUGAUUGGAGCUAUUGCAAGAAAAAAGGGACUACCUCAUCACUAGGUUUGAGGUUGUAUUCAAUAGCAAAAGGACAUAAGCACAAGUGCACAACUACUCUUUCUGAAUAUGCAAUAACUGUUCUCCUUUAAUUGUAUUUUUCUUUAGUU